UUACCACCAAGCUGAGAAUAUCCCUAGGUUUUCCCAGCACCAUAUGUGUCAACAGAUCUUACGGGAUUGCAUUCUUCUCUUACAUCAUUUGUGCAUUAACGGGAAAAAAGUCUCACCUGUGAUGCUGGGUCCAGCUUAUAACCACACAAUGGAAACCCCUGCCUCCUUCCUCCUUGUGGGUAUCCCAGGACUGCAAUCUUCACAUCUUUGGCUGGCUAUCUCACUGAGUGCCACGUACAUCAUAGCCCUGUUAGGAAACACCAUCAUCGUGACUGCAAUCUGGAUGGAUUCCACUCUGCAUGAGCCCAUGUAUUGCUUUCUGUGUGUUCUUGCUGCUGUGGACAUUGUUAUGGCCUCCUCGGUGGUACCCAAGAUGGUGAGCAUCUUCUGCUCAGGAGACAGCUCCAUCAGCUUUAGUGCUUGUUUCACUCAGAUGUUUUUUGUCCACUUAGCCACAGCUGUGGAGAUGGGGCUGCUGCUGAUCAUGGCUUUUGACCGCUAUGUAGCCAUCUGCAAGCCUCUACACUACAAGAGAAUUCUCACGCCUCAAGUGAUGCUGGGAAUGAGUAUGGCCAUCACCAUCAGAGCUAUCACAUUCAUGACUCCACUGAGUUGGAUGGUGAGUCAUCUACCUUUCUGUGGCUCCAAUGUGGUUGUCCACUCCUACUGUGAGCACAUAGCUUUGGCCAGGUUAGCAUGUGCUGACCCCGUGCCCAGCAGUCUCUACAGUCUGAUUGGUUCCUCUCUUAUGGUGGGCUCUGAUGUGGCCUUCAUUGCUGCCUCCUAUAUCUUAAUUCUCAGGGCAGUAUUUGGUCUCUCCUCAAAGACUGCUCAGUUGAAAGCAUUAAGCACAUGUGGCUCCCAUGUGGGGGUUAUGGCUUUGUACUAUCUACCUGGGAUGGCAUCCAUCUACGUGGCCUGGUUGGGGCAGGAUAUAGUGCCCUUGCACACCCAAGUCCUGCUAGCUGACCUGUACGUGAUCAUCCCAGCCACCUUAAAUCCCAUCAUCUAUGGCAUGAGGACCAAACAAUUGCGGGAGAGAAUAUGGAGUUAUCUGAUGCAUGUCCUCUUUGACCAUUCCAACCUGGGUUCAUGAACACAAUAUCUGUUCAGAUCCAGCCAACUUCAAAGAUGCCUUAGACAUCUGUAGAGCUUAGUUUACCUGGUGCUACAGGAAUUCUAAGAUGAAGGUGUAAAGGAUAUCCUUGCAUAACUUUUCAAUUACUAGCAGGAAUGUGAAUGAAAUGUUUCUGAUUUUCUGAGGGCUUUCUCAGUGGAUUCAAUCAACUUGUAUCUGAAUUAGAGACAAGUUUUGGUAGAGAAUACACAUUUGAUUGAACUUAUGUUUCCCUGCUCUUUAGGAAUGUGCUAGGUUAGGCUGAAGAAGGCACAAAGCCUCUUCCUGCUCCUGCCUCACCAACUCUUAAAAUGAAAGACAACAAAGAUCGCUCACCAUUCUCUUCAUGAACAGCUAUGUGUCCACUUAGGAUCUGGGGAACUGAGAGCAUGCAACUGUAUUUCUUAGUUUUUCAUACUUCCAAAUAGUUAUCUACCCUUUGCCAUUAAAAAGAAAAACACUAGAAACUUUAUAGCUUGUGCCUGUUGACUCUUUUCUGCCAACUUUAUUCCUUUCCACAGAUGAUGCUCAGGCAGAAGACAUGAACUUUAAAACAUGGCCCCAUGCACCCCUCUAGCCUCUUGUAUUUUCAAUCCCUUUCAAGUCCCCUGACUCUACUGCCUCUGGUUUAUCCUCUAUUUGGAGAAUAUGUCCCUUCUCAUACUUUUGUGCUCAGGUGCAUGCCCUAUCUCCAGUUGAAAAACUCAUCUUCCUUGCCCUCCCCUACAUCCUCUUUCCCUUCUCCGUUCAACAGGAUGUUAUAACAGCGUCAUGGGAAACAUUUAACCAGUGAAACCUGGCCCGAGUCCCCAGGCAGAGCUGAGGAAAUGUGAACUCGACUUUGAGAUAUGAAGUACACUGUCAGUGUGAAUAGUUCUACCAUAAAGUGAAGUGAAAUACGGUUAUUAGAAUUUAGCUCUUGACUCUCUGGCUUACUUGUUUUCUGACUUUUAUAAGCCUCAGCUUUCAUCUAUAAGAUGUUGAUGUGAUGAUGGCAGCUACUUCAGGAGGUUCUGAAAACUGACUGAGAUAAUCUUUGAAAAGAGCAUUUGUUAUGAUGCCUGGCACAUUGUGAACUUUCACAAAUCCUACCUAUCAUGGUUUUUGUUUGUUUGUUUGUUUUCCUUUCAGGAUGCACUUUAUACUCUUAGUCUAACUUUUAGGUAUCUUCUGAAAACUUGAAGAAACAGACUCUUCAGCCCGUAAGCAUCUGCCUCCUCCUGCUAUCUGGAAAUCCCCAGGGGCCAGAGCACAAAGAUAAACCAGUCUCUUGAGGAGUAGCAAUGUUUGGUUGCUGGGUAGAGGCCAAAGGAAGGUGGGUGUCCAGGGACAAGGCAGGAUGAUUGAGUAUCCAGAGGGAAAAGAGGGCCCCAAUGAGAAGUCUUUGGAAAGGACAAUAUGACUCUCCAUUGUUUGUUCGUAUUUGAUUUUGUUUGCACUUCCUGCUCCUCCGAAGGUAUCCUGUAUUAACCCCUCCUCUUUUGCAUGAAAGAAAUGUGGACUAUGAGGCAUGGACUCAUUGGAGAAAGUUAAACAGAGAAAACUCUCAGACUGUGGGUAACUGACUUGGGCAUUAGUGUUGGGCUGAUGGAGUCUGAAGGCCAGAUCACCCCAGAAUAGAAAAUAUAAGCCUUUACUCUUCCUAUACAGGGCUGUCUAGGUGUGGUGGGUAUUACUGAUACCAAGAAUGUAUGAAAAUGAUAUUUGGAUAGGAAAGGUGGGAGAGAGAAUGGGACAUAUAAUUAAUUGAAAGCAGAGAGGAAGGGGUAGGUAUAAUAUUGGCAUGGUGGAGAGACAGUUUUAUGGGACUAAGAACAGUUAUGAGGAAAAAAACCCAGUAGUAGGGCUGAUUGGGUGCAUAUUUGGCUGAAGAGGGGAAGUAUCCAGGUAGGAAGAAAGGGUUAUCAUAAACAGAAAGGCUUGAUUCAAAUGCAUAUGCCUUAGUUCUUUUACCUUUAAGACAUUUUCAUUUCGAAUUAUGUAUUCCUCACUCUUUUAAUAGAAAUGAAAAAUUCUCCCAUAUCUUAUGAUUUGUGAAUCAUGAGUUGUUGAAAUUAAGGGACUUUUCUGUGCUAGUUUUAAGUAAUUGGCUCUCCAGGUCUGCAUGUGAAUAUACCCACAGUAUUGAAGGCAAAGGCAGGUGCAGGGCUGAAAACAGAUCUUAGGAUAACUUACCAGAGCUUUCUGAAAACAGUAAACAUUAACAACCAGAGGGCACUGGUGUCUGUAUCUUAACCUCAGUAGUGCCUAUGUAAGUGUGUUCAUGUGUUCACAUAAUAAAUAUUUAUCAGGCUAUAUAUCUGAGAUUUGUGCAUUUCCCAUUAUAUUCAUAGUGUUUAAAAAAGUUAAUGAAAAAUCAGGGAGCAGGCAGUUGUGUUAAAUGUUUUGGAGAUGUCAAGUAAAACAAAAGGAAAAAGAGUUACUGGACUGGCAACAGAUGCUUGAUGGAGAUCACUGUUAAUCUUAGCCAAACAAUGUUCAGUAUCAAUAGGCUGAUUGAAAUAAAUAUUUGUAGAAAGAAACAACUAACCAAACCAAGUGUCCUGUUCUUUGCAAAGACUGACAAUGUAAAUCUCCAGCAACGCUAAUUGAGAAGAAACGUAAAUGGAGAUUAAAAAGAAAAACACUCUCAAGGGCAUGAAAGGUAUGCCCAAUUAGAGCUUCCAGGGCUGAGGCCUCAGCAUCAGCUGAGGCUGCCUCUUGAAGAAAGGUGAAUUUAAACAGGGCAGCCAGGGGAGGAACAUUCUGGAUCAGAGGUGAGUGGGGAAGAGGCUGUUUGGAUUCUCAAGCUUUAUGCAGCCCUUUAUGCAAUAAUGCACAAGUCUGAGUUUGUUGCAUCCAGAACACAUGAGGCAGUCUCAAGCAUACCCUGAAUUUUUCUUUCACUCUUCACUACCGUUCUACUUCAAAAGCUUUCCCUUGUCUUCUCAUGAUCUAUCACUGAAGAUGUCUCACCCAGUAGCUACACAGCAAGGUUUUUAUAAUCUGAUUAUGAUGUGGAUAUCACUAAUUUAUUCAAUCUGUGCCAUGAUAUAGUCUUUCUUAAGCUCAGGGAUUUUCUUUUUGGUUUGUUUCAUAUAGAUCGCAGUCUGUAAUCAUGUCUCCAAAACUUGAUUUUUUAAAUAAAACUCCUGAGGACUUUACCACAGCUGCUGGUGGUACCUAACUAUGGAGCCCAUCAGUGCUAGGCUCUGUAGGAGGUGAACUGAAGGGGCAAAUGUAUGUCCCAGGAUUAGGAUUGAGAACCUGACGAAUGCUCACCUAAUGCUUGGCUAAGAGAGAAAAUGUGUACCACAGCAGAUGGGAUCAAGGCACAGAAUUCCAUUAAUCUGAUUUAUUCCACUACUCAGAGAGGAGCCAGAACCCUGACAAGAGGUAAAAAGAGGUAGCUUGAGACAGUAUCCAAGGGUAAGGAUAUGGUAACUUCUCACGAUGAAAGUCCUUUUUUUCAGGAGAGGCACAGGAAGCGAUAGUUAAAGCAGGCUAGUCUUGAGGCUUGGCAAAUGAGCACCUUUCAUUUAAGAUUGCGUGAACACCUAAGAAACAGUUCUUGAGCGAUAUAUGACUACUGUUAUGUCAAAACAAAUCACACAGUUGCUGUGGUGACUCAUUAGGCUGAGCCCUUGAGAUACAAUACUAGGGUGAUGAGGGUUUUAGGAAGGAGAUCAAUUGUAUUUAAUAUGGUCUGGUCUACACUUGAGAUUCUAAGUCCAGGUCUGAGACAAAGGCAUAUGCCCACGUCCUAAGGAAAGAAAAUUAUCUGAGAACAAUAGAAAAAAUAUUUGAAGCACUAAUUUAGCCUGGAAAAAAUAUUUUUCAUACCCACCUCCACUCUAUCCUUAAUCUGAAUUCAGUUUGGCAAGAGUUGUUUUAUGGCAGCAGAAAUGUGAGCUAUGCUUGGCUUUCUUAUUAGGGAUGGGUUGUAGGAAAAACUAAGGAAAACUUUUUCACAAGUGUGAUGAAGAAAAAAAAAUAGCAACAAAGCAAACAAAACAAAAAAUCCUAAACUUGAGAAUUGACCUAUAAUGGAACAGAUAGUGGGCUCUUAUCAUAGUCCAAUGAGGAGAAACUUGUUGUGCACAGCCACUGGGUGAGACAUCUUCAGUGGCAACUCAUGGGAGGACAAGAGAAAUUCUUCAGGCAAUGCAGGAUGAGCAGCUUUUUACUUUGUAAAUGUGGUCUUCAAAUCACAUACACCCAUUUAAGGAUGUUAUUUGGAGCAAUCUAGAGGUAUAGAAUUAGGCAGGGAAAACUGUCUUCUGUUUUACUAUAUUAUAGCUAUAUUUUAUUGAACACUUAUGUACCAAGCAUCACGCUAAGCACUUUUACAUAGCUUAUCACUUAAAUCUCAAAAUAUCUCUGUGAAGUAUUAUUAACUCUGAUGGGUGAAGAAGUUGAGGCUUGGAGAGUUACAUAAUUUGACUGAUGCAAAAUGGCUAGCAAGCGAUAGAGUAGGGUUUUCAGUCUAGGAGUAUGAAUCUAGAACCGAUGCUUUUUGCCACUUUGCUAUCCUGCCCUUUGAUGAUGUGGGACCAAUAACAUAUUUUGAGUAGGGUACACAAAAGUAUGCAGGAUUUGUAUGCUCUAUUCUGAUGAAGUAGAAUCUAGGGGUUCCAUGAAGAAGAUUAACCAAUGUCUCCAAAAGCUGGGUGAUAACAUCAGAGGAAGGAGCCUCCCCUUGUAAGGAGUCUUCUCAGAUGGCAGGGAAAAUGUGCCUAUGACCAAACACCAUAUGAAUAUGAAAUCAUGGAAACCAAUCAUCCUAAGGAGAGAGUAACUAAACAGCUAUCACACAGGAAUGGAAUGGUAGUUAAUGCUGACUUCUUUAUAUUCAGGUUUCCCCACUUAGAUUGUUACAUAUUAUAUGAUAUGGUAACACCUGACUGAGGCAAUGGAGGGUGAAUACAUCAAUAAACAGAGAUGAACAAGUGGUAGAGCUCAGCUGCUGGCUGUGCACAGCAGUAGCUAUCUUUGUCUCAUCAAACCUGGCCAAGUGAAACCCCUAACCUUGUUUUAUCCAUAGUUGUCUUGUUGACUAUUUAUGUUGGGCUGGAUGGACACCUGGGAGUCAUAGCUUAAACCCAAAACUUACCACACACUUACUACAUGAUCUUGGCUAGAAUAUUUAAUCUAAGUUAUACAAACUGUGUUGUAUGGAAUGGAUGUUUGUCUUAUAUUACAAAUGGAGAAAUACACUCAGAUUAUGAAUACUACACUUUUAACAUAGUACUGGCACAUACUGUGUUAAUAAUAAAGUGCUUAACUUUCUAAAGGAUAAAGCUUUCUUGUUUGGAACAUCUUGGUUAUCAGGAAGAGGGAGUUAGUUGUAUUAAAGAACCAUAACAACUUAUUGGGGAGGGGGGGUCAUCUAUAAGGUAACCCUAAGAUUUUCCUUGUAGUAAUUUAAUCUAUUAACUGAACCAAAGUGAAUAGGAUCCAGGGUAAAUUUAGAGAAGGU